ACAGCCUCACUGUGCUCAAAGAGAAACUGCAGGAUGUGCUCCACCAGGGACUACAGGACAUGACUAAAACUGGUAUGUCUCACAGUCACAGAUAUAAUGUUGCACUGCCCAUCAUGGCCAGGUCAAGAAUGCUCAGCACUAUUGUGCUUCUUUCCAACAGGUGAACAAAUCAGCAUUUUCAGACCUUCAGAGCCUGUGACCAGAGAGGAUUUCCUGAAAUAUUCCCAUCAGCUGACAUUGGAUCCCAACACGGCUCAUAAUCAGCUGAAGCUGUCUGAGGGAAACAGAGUUGCAGAAAGGGUUAAUGAGAGUCAGUCAUAUCCUGAUCAUCCAGACAGAUUUAGUGAUGUGACACAGGUGAUGUGUUCAGAGGCUACAUCUACCAGGUGCUACUGGGAGGUUGAGUGGUCUGGAUAUGUGUCUAUAGCUGUUUCAUACAAGGGGCUGAAGAGGAAAGGAAGUAAUAAUGAUGUUCAGCUUGGCUGCAAUACAAACUCCUGGGCAUUGCGUCACCAUUCAUCUAAGUUCACAUUCUUCCAUAAUAAUAAACAAACUGAUCUCCCUCAUGCUCAGAUCUCCUCUAGAGUAGGAGUGUAUGUGGAUCACAGGGCAGGAACUCUGAGCUUCUACAGUGUCUCUGCUGACACUAUGACUCUGCUGCACAAAGUAGAGACCACAUUCACUGAGCCACUAUAUCCUGCCUUUUGGCUCCACUGUGGUGGCAACAAAAUCAAAUUGUGUCAGUGAUAAGAAGAUGCCUGAAGAAGAUCUAUGAUCGAAACGUUGCUCCAAAUAAAUUAAGUCUUUUGCAAGCAGUGUGCAGAUCCUUUCCCAAUCCUAUAUGACAGUUUUUUUUAUUUGGCACCUGCUGAUGCUUUUCUGCUGGAUGUACGCGCUUUCCACUACACUCUGUCAGUGAUAACAAACCAGCACAAGAACACAUUCAUAUGCUAAAACAUAAAUGUAUAUUGUGAACCGAUUUAGAAUUCCCACUCUUUGCAAUAUUCAGUUUAUAUGAGAGCAGUUUUCAGUGAUUACAUGAUCUUGCCCUGUUGAAAUAUUGUGAGGGCUGAUAGUGAAACUUUUUUGUUUAUUUGUUUGCUUGUAGAAUUGCAUGUAGAAUGGGUGUUCAGUAUCUACUUCCAAGAUAUAUUGUCUGCCAGGCCCUCCAGUGUCAAUAGCGAGGUCAUCACCCAGUGCUGUCAUGCUCUCAGUAUACUGGUGUCAGCUGCUGUCAUUGGGUCGUCCCUGACCAAUUAAGAGUGGAGAUUGUCCACAUUCCAGGUAAAGAUGCAGGGUAAAGGCUGACAGAAGUCCUGGAAUGAGUAGUAAACACACAA